ACAGCCCGCCCGGCACAGCCCGCGCCCGGCCGGACACCUGCCGUCCUUCCUCGGGGUGCGUUCCCCUGCAUCGCCCUGCCUUCCCCCGCUCCUGCCGGGUAGAGGUGCGGCUUGCUCCUCGCAGCCGAAAUGAAUAAAGCUAGCAGCCCUACAUAAUAUGUUGAUGGCAUUCUGCACUUCAUCGGGACUGAUAAAUCAAGAGAGUGUGAUGCCUAGAAAUCUCCUCUCAGAUUCUCCUGAAAUGGCAUCUGAAGUCUCUCCAAAGCACACACUUGGGAGCAUGGAGAGGGACAGCAGUGUGGAGAAUCCUGGCAGCCAAGCUAGGUGCAGGAAUGUUGCCUUGGAUGAUGAGAGUCUAAAAUACUUAACUCACGAAGAGCAGGAUGUUCUCAUGUUCUUUGAGGAAACCAUAGAUGCCUUAGAAGAUGACUUGGAGGAGCCAGUCCUACGUGACAGUGGCAUCCACUGUCAGUCUCCAAGGUCAACAGAAGAAAAUGUGUCCAGUCACUCAGAGACUGAAGAUAUCAUUGACUUGGUACAGUCAACACCAGAAGGCAGCGACCAUGAGGGCCCACCUAGCAGAGGUGCAGAACCAGGUAUGUCGGAUGUUACCUGGAGACCUGAGAGCCCUAAGCCAGCUGUACCUGCUGACCUUCCCCCACACCCUCCUGUACCACCACCAUCAGUGUCUGAGACGCCUCCUCUUCCUCCUCCACCCCCUCCUCCAGUGCAGCAUCCAAAAUUGCUUCGCUCUGUCCCCACCCCGCUCAUCAUGGCCCAGAAGAUGUCUGAGCAGCAGCUGGAGAGCAGAGCGCGCUUCCCCAGUGCCCUGAAGGAAGGGAAUUCCGACAGGAAGAAAACCCCAGUAGCCAAUGGGGAUCAUUUUGCUGGUCCAAAGCACCCUCCUGCACCCGCACCCAAACUGCACCGGUUCCCAAGCAACAUCAACAUAACAAAUGUCAGUGGCAAAGAAUUCAGUGAGACCAUUUCAAAAGCAGCAGUUAACGUCCAGGAGCGGAGAGCCCAGGUGCUGGCCAACAUCAAUGGAGGAGCUUUUCUGGCAGCUGAGCUGGAGGAGAAGCUGCAGAAAAAUGAUUUCUUGUCACGGAACAGAAGUUCUUCCUUAAGGGAUCUCUCCUCUGAGCAAACACGAUACGAGGCCCUGACAAAGCUUGGCCUAGUUAAGGGAAAGCCAGCUCAGGACCAAGUGGACCAUGCCCCAAGCACUCAGCAGGUUGAUGUGCAGCCCAAACAGGCAGAUGCUGUUCCCAAUGGAUAUCAAAACAUCCACGACAUUUUAAAAAGUGAGCCCAGCCCUUUCCUUCCUAUGGGCAAAACUGUAACAAUCAAACCAGAGGUAGCUCCUGCUGCUAACAAGGUCAGCAGCACGCAGCAGAACACGGCAAAAAGUUUUAAUGAUAAUAAUAAACAACCUAGUCUAAGCCUGGAUUUGAGGAGGAGAUCAGGUUCACUGCCUAGACCUUCAGGAUUUCGAUCCCAAGGGAUAACAGUAAAGUUUUCUGGCCGUGGCUCAACAGAAGAAGCUAGGAGAGAGGCCCUUCGGAAACUGGGACUACUGAAAGAGACUGCUUGAUUUGGUUAGGAAUGUUUUGGCAAUGGGGGGGAAGUCUUGGUAUGGCUUUGUGCUAGAUUAGUCCCAACAGGAUUGGGAUCAAACAGAUUGGAAGAAGGAGGGGGAAGUUCUCUGCCUCAAGCAAGCUAAGGAAGGUGGUAGAUACUCUGGAAUGACCACUCGUGCUUAUCCUGAUAGGAUACAUGUACAGCAGUGGGUUUCAGCUCUCCUUCCUACAGAGAUACUCAUCUGUUGCUCUUUUGUGACUAAGAGGAAUUUUAUUUAAAUAGUGCUGAACUGUAGCAGACAGCAUCUCAUGAAUGAAGUGAACAGUGCAGUAUUGUUGUACAUAGCAAACUGGUUGGCAAAGCUUCCUUUUGCUCUUUCUGAAGCCAAAACCGAGCUCCAUUUUUCUUGCCCACAGGUGUAUGUGUCUGUGUCUGUUGGUGGGAGCUAAAGAUGUUAUCAAAACUGAAAUUUCUGAAUAGUGUGACACACUUCCAUGACUUCUUGUUGUCUGUAUUAUCUGGCUUGGCUUUGUUCCCUACCAGUGGUGGAGUCUUCUGCCCCCUUGCUCUGCCCACUCUCUACUCAAGGCUGCACAGAGGGUGGUUUCUGUUUUGACCUUCUUGACUGAGCAUCCCAAGCUUUGAGUGGGUGACUGCAUCACUCUGCUGCUUCACUUGAAGUCCUGCCUUUCUUCCCUGCCACCUGCUUCUUGGUCACGCUCCAGCAGCCUGCGUGUGCAGCACAGGGCACCAGACAAGCCUGGAGGAUACGCACCAUGCGCCGGUUUUCGCACUGACAGCCAAAGAGUCUCCCAGACAAUCUGUGACCCCACCUGUUCUGCACCAGUGAUGAUCUUACAGCAGAGAAGCCAUAGGAACAAGUUAACUUUGUACCAAAUGCAGGAACCUUAUAUCCAAAGUCUUACCUUUUAUGUUAGGGUUCCCAUAAAGAAACUGUUACUUCUUGACCAACAGCUAUAACAACACUGACUAGUUGUAAGUUCUGUUACUUCUAAAAACUGUCAUUUGCUUUCCCUGUAGUUUGACAGCCCAAAUAACCCUCUGUUCACGGCCUUAUUUGGUUCUGCCCUGCCAAUGCAUAACAGAAGUUACAGCCAAAAUGCUUGCAGGCUAAGUGGAGUUACAGGAGAGCUGGAUGUGAGAGCACAUUGCUCCUGAAUGGCCCAAGUUGGCGUGUUUUGCCUUUGUUCAAUGGACGUGCUUUUAAAGUUGGCCCCAAAAUAUGUUUGUGUGCUGGUAUGAUUUUUUUUUUAAUAUGGCAAAGCUGCUCUUCCACAUUCAAAGUCCCUUCCCUUUUUGUACACCUGAAAACAUGCAGAAUAGCCAUUUUAAAAUCAAAUGCCAAACUCCAGACCCUCUAAAUUUCUUGUUGUUCCUGCAUGUUUUAAGUUCUCUGUGUCUUUGGUUCUUUUCUAAAGGGAAAAACCUCACUGAUUCUCUGCACUUUCUAAAGCCUCAAGCAACCCUCUCUUUUUCCCAAGAAGCUGAGUUAAUAAACUUGGAGAAGAGGUGGGGAGUGGCUAUAAUAGAAACUGACACACCCUUCAGAGGAGCUCUAACAUAACUGUGAUAAACAAGUUUGUAGUUCUUGUGAUAAAAGUAUUUCAAACGUGCUGAGCUGUAGUUGUAAAUGAAGCUGUUGUGAAGGAAGAAUCUUUGCGUCGUUCUCAACCUGCCUCAUAAGUUAAUUUGUUGUUGUCUUUUGGAUUAUUUUUAAAUUAUCUGCUUGCUGCUUAAAUUUUUAAUUGGGUUGUUAUGGUAUCUGGCUGGUUCUGUUAUGUAGUUUAUUCUUUUCAGCCUUUUCACUGGGUAAGUGAUCAUGUUGCUCGUUGUGACAGGCAUACUAUACAUAAGCAAUCAGUAAUUAAAAUAUGUGAUCAUUCCUCAGCCUGGCAAAGCACUUAGGCAUGCAUAACCAAAUGUGAGAAGUGUUGCUGAAACAAAAAAGGCUGCUUGUCUGCUGCAAGUAAAGCACAUACUGUGUUGCUGGGCUCUGAAUCUGUAGUCCUAAAUCAGAAAGACAAGGAAGCACAUAAAAUACAUCCAAGCACCUGCUUCAGUGCAGCCUGGAAUGGAGUCCUACAUGUGGACAGUGCAUCAUAAUUUAUUAACAUAACCUGCUAAGUAAAUUUAAAUGUUUCAUGACCUUUGUGCUUUUAAAUCCUGUUGAAGCAAAUUCUAUGUUAUAAAUGUGAAGUGCAACCGAAGUAAUCUUCACAUCUAACCAUUUCUUGCCAGGUCUUUGAGUUGUUUACAGCUGAGAGUCCAUGCUAAGCAAACAGGGGGAAAAAAAACAACCCAACACUUAAUUAUUUUGUUGAAAUUCAGUCCUGCUCAAUAACUCUGUAACAUAACCCUACUAAAAAAAUAAAUUAGAUGUUCAAUGUCUAAAGUAUAAAUUUUACAGUAUGUUGAAUUAGCUGGAUCAUAUUCUUUCAUCCUUUGUGCAGGGCUACAUCCUCAGCUGGUGGGAAAUGAGAGUUAGAUCUUCAUUAAAUAACCCAGUUUCUGCCCAGUGAGGACAUGGAAUGAGGCAUUCAUUGUGGCCCUUCAUUGUAGCAAAUAUCCUACUGGUAAAUUCUUCUCUGUGCCUAAAACUGUAGUAAGUAAAGCCAUGUACUAAAUGAAGUUAAGAGUCUAGCUGCUAAUAACCUGUAUAUAAAUUUAGCUCUAUUUUGUGUAUCUUGUUUUUUGUGUAUAUGUUGCUGUGAUUUUAAUUCCCUCAUCCUUGUGUUAGAGGUAUCUGUCUUGCACAAAUCUGAAAAAUCAUCUAUUAAACUGGGAUAAAACAAAUGAAA